GGAGUUACUGACCCUCUCUGGAGUCUGAGUGCUCCUUCUACCAGCCAUGAGGACUCUCUGCUCUCUGCUGCUCAUAUGCUGCCUCCUUUUCUCAUAUCCCACCCCAGCUGUUGGAGAUCUAAAACAUCUUUUACUCAAAACACAACUUACACGGUGCUACAAGCAUGGAGGGUUCUGUCACAAUUUAAUUUGUCCUCGUAAUUCCCGGUUUAUGAGUAACUGUCACCCAGAGAAUCUCCGCUGUUGCAAGAAUAUAUACUGACUGGAAGGAAGCAUAUGGAAGUCAAGUGACAGAUGUGUAACUAAUGUUUUAAUAAAGAAAAUAUUUCUUUAAGCUUAUUUACUUCA